AACUAUGGCGGCUUCCGCGCCGACGCAGCGCGCCACCAGCUUCCCCGCCGACGGUCGGUGCGGUUUCUACGUGGCAAAGAAAAAGAGGUUCUGCAGGAUGGUGGUGGCAGCCGGGAAAAGGUUCUGCGGCGAGCACGCUGGCGCCGCGGAGGAAGAAGAUGCUCGGAAAAGAAUCCUGUGUCCUUUAGAUCCAAAACACACAGUAUACGAAGAUCAACUAGCAAAGCAUUUGAAAAAAUGUAACUCAAGAGAGAAGCCAAAACCUGACUUCUUUAUUCAAGAUAUUAACGCAGGCUUAAAAGAUGAGACAGAAAUACCUGAGCAAUUAGUUCCAAUUUCUUCUCUCUCUGAAGAGCAGUUGGAAAUUUUAAUUAAGAAGUUGAAAAAAGCAAGUGAAGGUUUGAACUCUACACUUAAAGAUCAAAUUAUGUCCCAUCCAGCAUUGCAUGAUGCCCUUAAUGACCCUAAAAAUGGUGAUUCUGCAACCAAACACCUGAAACAACAGGCUUCUAUUUUAGGUAACAUUGAGAAAUUAAAGUUACUUGGACCAAGAAGAUGCUUUGUUGAGUUUGGAGCAGGAAAGGGAAAAUUAUCUCAUUGGGUUGAUAUUGCCUUAAAAGAUGCUGAAAAAGUUCACUUCAUUCUCGUGGAGAAGGUGACCACGAGGUUCAAGGUAGAUGGCAAACACAGAAAGAAAAACUCAGUGUUUGAGAGACUUCAGAUUGACAUUCAACACUUGUGUCUGAACAGGAUUCCUGUGCUGAGCAGAGAAAAACUGCCUGUGGUGGGAAUCGGGAAGCACCUGUGUGGUGUGGCCACAGAUCUUGCGUUACGCUGUUUGGUUGAGACCUAUGGUGCCAGUUGUGAGGAAAGGAGUGAAGAACCUUUAGCCAAACGCGUAAAGAGUGAUAAAGCAGCCCAGGAAAGUAACGCUGUGGCCGAGGAAGGAAGUGAGAGGAAGGUCCCCGAGACGCGCACCCCCGUGGCCGGCAUUGUUAUUGCACUCUGUUGUCACCACAGGUGUGACUGGCGACAUUAUGUGGGCAAAGAAUAUUUCAGGGCCCUGGGCCUGGGCGCUGUGGAAUUCCACUAUUUCCAGCGGAUGAGUAGCUGGGCGACUUGUGGGAUGCGGACAAGUUGUGUGGAAGCCUCGAGAGGAGAAGAUGGGAGUGAGGACAGUGAGGAGCAUGCUGGGGGCCCCGGCCUCCCCGACGAGCGCGCUGGGAGUUUGCCCGGGUUUCUUGCUGUUGAAGAAAAGAAGAAACUAGGGCAUCUCUGUAAGCUGCUGAUUGACCAAGGCCGGGUCGAGUACUUGCAGCAGAAGGGGUUCCGGCCCGCGCUGCAGUACUACACAGACCCCGCGGUGUCCUUGGAGAACGUGCUGUUGACGGCGUUGCCGACCCCCUCAGCAGCACAAGCCACUGCUUAACGGAAAAGGAAUUGUGAACCUCUGUCUUCCACCAAAAGGCACACAAACCGCAUUUUAAACUGUAUUUUUGUCACAAACCACAUUUUAAAUUGUAUUUUUGUCAUAAACCGCAUUUUAAAUUGUAUUUUUGUAUUCACGAAAAUAGCAUUUAAAUAGCAGAUAAUAUGAAUUUUAAAAAACGUGGCCUCCUUGAGCUUUGGUAAUAGCUUUGUUUUUACUCAAGAAGUCUCCAAACUUGAGAGAAUUCACCAGAUUCCCAGAGUGACCUUCAGUAGGGCGUCCUGAGUUCCAUUAGCCGUCGGGGUUUGCAGAGACUGGAGAAGUGGUCCCACCGCUGACCGGGUCAUCUGAAACACACCACAGGUUGCUGUGUGACUGGACAGUGACUGUCUUUUGGCAUUAAUUUUGGAAGUUCAUUUUCCUUUGGUCUUUAAUACUAUUUCUCAAGUUCAAGACAUAAUGACCAAUUGUCAGUUUCUAACAAGGGCCACUCAGGAUUUGGCUCCUGUGUGGCAGUUUCUUCCCAUGCAGAUCUGAUUUUCUCCUAUGCAAACAUUCAGAGAUGUUUACAAUCAAUCCACCUUCAGGUUUCCAGGGUCAUACCUGUAUUUAUAUGUUACCAGAAUUUGUCUAUGCAAACUCCAAAACCGAAGAGAUAUUUUCGGGGGCGGAGGGAACUACUUCAUUUUACCGCAUAAGUAUGUAGUUAGCCCGCUUCACAAAUUGAGUUGAAAUUUGCAAGUAACUUUUAAACUUAAUAAUAUCUUUUAACAGGCCAUUUUUACAUGUAUAAAUACAAAUAUAAGUAUAUUCUCGUUUGGGAAAAUAAUUUGGAGUAAAAUGGAUAUUAGAUAGUGAAACCAAAAACCUGCCUUUUAGGCCUCCUGUAACUCAUAAACAGUUUCUGUGCACUAGCAAGUCUUAAACCAAACCUAUGGUGCGACUGUUACACAUCUUACCCUCAAGUUGUUCUGCCUGUUUGUAAAAAUGUGUUAAUCAUUGGUACAUUUGCCAAGAUGAAGAUUCAGAAUUACUGAUUUUUGGAUAUUACAAUGAUAUUCGUAGGUAACUUUUUAUCUUGUAGGUCUAUGAUUAUAUGAAUUGUAAAUUAAACACCUAGUCUAUUUUUAAUUCCUGAGCUUUCUAUUUUAGUUUACUCUCAUGUUUUAUGAAACUGCCUGGGUUCAAAUCCCAACCCUAUGACCUUCCAGCUGUGUGACCUUGGGCAAGCUACUUAAUCUCUUUGUGCCUCAAUUUCCUCUUAAAAUGGGGGUGGUGACAAUGAUAAAACCUACCUCACAAGGUCGUGAACAUCAGAUGAGAUUAUAAAUAUAAAUGUGUAGAACAGUUCAGAGCAGAGUGUGUACUCAAAUAUUAACUGUUAUGAAUACUGCUAAUUCAUGAAUCUAUUUUUAAUAAACAAUAAGCAGACUUGG